CGAGGCGGCGACCGCUCGAGAGCAGCAGUAUCGCGAAAGGCAAUGCACGUAUCUUGACGCGUGUCGCGCGCGCGCUAGCCUCACGCGAGUUUACCUAGUUGUCAAAGUAUACCGGGGAAAUCUGUGGUAAAGGCAGCAACGGCUCGAUCGCUCACGUGUCGCGAGGUGACACGAAGCCGCGAGCAGCGCUCGCUCUCGGCCCUCUCGGCGGUCCCGAAACAACGAGAUCGGCACAGCGCACGGAGCUGGGACGUCGCCGUAGCCGAAGAAACGCCAUUUUGUGAGCUCGCGCUCUCGGGGACGUAAACAUCGGACUUUCCAAUAGUUUUCUACGCGACCAAGAGCUGUCCCGCCGACGACUCGCUGCCCGAGCGGCUCGUCGUGGCCCGCCGAGCGCGUUCUCGCCUCCUGGCCAGCCCAAGCCAAGCGACACCGUCUCUCGUCGCGGCUAACGCGCUGACGUUUCGCGCCAAAUCCCGAGUCUGGUAGAGAGACGCACACCUGGCGCACAUCGCGCGCGCUACCACAGAAGAACAGCUGUCGCCGUUAGCGACGCUUUCGCGCCGUGCCAUUUCCGUGACCAGAGAGAGACACAUACGCACACCAAUAAUGACGCUUAUGCCAUGACUGUUCGCUGUACAAAGUAAACAUUUGAUCGGCCAAGAUUUUAAGAUAUGCUUCUUGUUGGUGCAAAGAGGCUUGAUGAGUGCGCAAAAGUAUAAGGAAUGGUAUUCUAUUGGAUUCAGCUGGAUGUCAGAUAAGCUGAAAAAUGUCUGGUGAUGCAGGAUGGAACGCCGUUAUUCACCAUCCUUCCGACUUAGAAUUGCAGAAUUGGAAUUGGGAAGAAAACGAUGGGGAGCAGGAGAAAGAGCUCCCUUCGACCGUUGAUAUGGAUGCCAUAAAAGGUGGCGGUAGUUGGGAUCCUGCUACUGAACCUAAUGGAACAGAUUCGGUCGAAUCCGAAGAAGACUCUGAUUCCGACGACGAAAGUUCUGGGGGAAGCGAAGGCACUUGCUCUUAUUCGGAUUCUAAUUCAGAGUCAGACGACGAAAGUAGCGGCGACGAGGAAGAGGAUAGCGGAUCCAAUUCGGACUGCUCGUCUGAACAUAGUGAACAAACCUUUUCCAUUCAAGAAACCAAUUUUGAACAAGGAGCAUUGAAAUUGAAAAUCACCAUGAAGGGUCCGAAGAAGGAAGAAUCUGAGAAAGUCAAGUGUGAAAAAAGUAAGAGGACCGUUACAAAAAAGACCAAGACCAAUCAUGGAAAUAAGUCCUCAGAAUGUAGUAGCGAGGAUUCAGACUCGCCUGUGGGCCACGCAGCGUCGCAACAAGCACAGCAGCAACAACAGUCGAAGCAGGAGCAGCAGCAGCAGCAGCAGCAAUCGCAACAUCACGCACCGCUACAAGAAAUCAACCAGGAAGAUCUGACGAACAUCUUGCCUCCGCAAGAGCAAGAAGACGCGCCAUUUGACGGAUUUGAGGACUCGGAGAGCGGUCGGCUGGUGUCAAAGGCGAUCGAGCGCAUGUCGCUCGGCGCGGACUCGGACACGAGCGAAAACGGCGAUCAGAAUCCCGUGCCAGUGUACAGCUCCACUUUGUUGCAGCAGUUUGUCGAAAAGACCGCCAUGCUGUCGGAGCCACGGAAGAGACGCAGCAAAUGCGGCAAAAAGCUCAACAACGACAACGAGUAUCCAUGCGUGUCAAACGUAUCGCCCGACUCUGGCAUUCAGUCGGUGGACAACAGUCCGCUACACCUGGCCGUCAGUCCCGUCAGUCCUCCGGCGCCGACUCAAUCCCCGAUCCAACCGUCGAUCGCCACUAAACCGGCGGUCAACGUCGAUCGGGUUCUGUAUCCUCCAAAGAGGAAACCCGGUAGACCAGCGAAGACAGUGUCUACGCAACCACGCGGGCCCGGCAGGCCGCGUUUGAAGCCGGAAAUCGUCGAAAAGAUCCAAAAGAUCGAGAAGGCGGAGAAAGAGAGAAGCGAGUCUUUAAAAACUCUCAAGAAUCCCGAUUCUCGGUUAGCGGAGAAGAAGGAAGCCGCAAGGGAAUCGAAUACUAAUAACUUAAAGAGCACCAAGGAAGACGCGUCUCCGGUUAGGAAACGGGGCAACGCAAAGUCCGUUGCAUCGAGGGAAGCGAAAAAGGACGUGUCCCCCGCGAGUAAAAAGAUUAAAGGCAAGACGGCAGCGUGUCUGAGGAAACGUUACGGUAACUCGGUGAAGAGUAACUCUUCGCAGGAGAAGACGAUUGUGAAAAAGAGCCCGGGAACGAGUUCCCCGAUGCGAGUAAAGUGCCUAAGCAGAUCGAGCGCGAGCAAGCUCGUGGCGCAACAGUGCGAUGGCAGGAGCUGCCGGAAAGCCAGGCACGACAGAACAUGCGUGUCUAACAAGACCACGGUGCCAUUGACGCGACGGAAGCAAACGUCCUGCGAGCAGCAUCGCGCCGCCAACGAUCAAAAGAUGCUGAGCACUAGCAAUAAGAGAACAGGUUCGAAGGAGAACAGGAGUAACACCGUCGUGUCGAGAAAGCUAGCCAAGAGAGUCGCACCUCCGAUGACUAGGCGCGUUCUCAAGGAGAACAAGUGCAACAAGAAAACUACCGCGGCAGGCUUUGAGACUAACGGCGUGGGUGUGCAGACGUUAAUAUCCUUGCCAGUCGGCGACAUAUUAAAGGCAGAAAAUGUGGAACGAGCUUCCAAUAAAGGUGACAAGCAGCCGAUCGAGCCGGUAGAACGCAACCAUUGUCAGAAACAUCAUCACCAUCAUCAUCACCAUAAACAUCGUCGGAGACUGCUCGCGCCACCCAAAAGUCCCAUUCGCAUCGAUCCAUAUGUCAUCCAGGAACUGGACAAGUUGAUCGACGAAUUUGCCAAGUUGUGCACCCUGGGCAAGAACAGCACGAGCGCCAAUCAUUCCGAGUUGCCGCAAAUCUUUCGCGUAAAAAAGAUGACGAAGAAAAGGAAGGGCGGCGACGCCGGUACGAGUGACGAUCAGAAACUGAAGCGGCGCUUGAAAAAGGAGAAAACCUUAACGGGCACCGAUUCCAAGAGCAGCGCCAACACCAGCACGAGUUCCAACCCGAACGAGCAGCGGUUACCGCUCAAGAAGCGCCACUAUCACGUGUCGAGUCCGCACAGUUCGCAGAGCUCGAACGCGAGCUGCACGGAUGCGAAUGCGAACGAAUCCAAUUCGACGGAGAACCACAUUGAGGAAGCGAUCGAGGCUACCAUCACGAGAUACGGUGGUGGUAGCUCGACGUCCUCCAUUCACGAUGAGGAGUCCAUGCCGGUGACGCCGAAGAAAAGGCCGAGAGAUGCCGAGAGCAGUGUGGCAUCUGAGAAACAGGGCAACGACGAGGACAAGUCCGCCGCCAGCCAGCCAGCAGAGGUUCAGCCGCGUCGGAAGAAAAAGAUUGUCAAGGACCUUCGUGUCACCGUCACCAAAUUAUCGUCCGAGAGUCACGGCUUUCUCGAGAAAAACGACAAGGACAAGUCCGCGGAGAAGAGUUCCAAGAUCGUCACGGAGAAAUCUGGCAAGUCGGAAAAGAUACUCGUGUCGGAGAGGUCGUCCAAGAGCGAUAAAACUCAGUCGAACGACAAAGUAGAUGUUGAACACGUUCGUACGGAAAAGAGUAUAAAGGUCGACUCGGAGAGUCCGCACGUAUCCGAGACGACGAUGGACGACGGUGAGGCUGCGGCUGAGAGCAAGCUGGCUCAAAGUGCUAAUUCGAACGUGCCAAAUCUCAUGAGUAACGCCGCGACGAUAACAAUCGCGAAGAAGAAGAUACGGAGACGGAAGGCUAUUAAUCGCACGGGCUUUCCUACGCUCAAGAAAAAGAAGAAAAAGAAGCUUAUAGUCUCGCCCAGAGUAGCCAAGUCGAACGUGGCGGUGAGCUUUGAAUGGUUAUGUAACGAUCGGGAUACGGUGAAAGAUACAGAGGUAGACAGUAAGGCAUCUUUGAUGACGAGUAAAGCACAGAACUCAGUUGUCGAGAACAACGAUAGCGCGGUAAAAGAACACGGCGGUAAAAGCGACGCCAAGAAUUUCGGUAACUCUGCUACGGUGCAAGAAACGUCCAGUCCAAGUGGUUCGGACGAGGUGGCCGAGACAUGUCCCGGUCAACUGCGAGUUCGUAAGGAUCUCGUCGAAUCUGACAGCAGCGUGCUGUCCGAGAAGCCGUAUCCGAGCCCGGUUAAGUACGAGAAAAUACCGGACUGCCGAAUCUACGAUGAGAACGCAUCGCUGGAGGAAUCCCUCGAACUUUACAAUCAGAAUCAACGUAUCGCCGAGCUAAACGAAGAGAAUUUGAGGAAAUUGGAACGUGCCAACGCUGACGCGGCGAACGUCAAGAUGGAACACUCUAUCAAUAAUCUCAAGAGAAGAAAAGGCUCGACCAGUCCUUCCAAUCUCUACGGGAGAAACGCAAAGAGAUUGAGGAGCACGGGCUACGAUACGGAGAGCGAGGCACCGCCCAGCAGCGACGUGGCCAGUGAGGAUCAAGAGGUCGGCAGGAAACCCACAGGUCUCGUUCAUAACCGGAAAAAGCAGUCCAGGUGGAAGAAGCGAUAUUUACAAACCAGCAGCAUAUUCUCCGAGUACAAGAAGGAUCCCGAAUCUAAGAAGCUCGCGACCGCCAGUGUUGACUCCAAACGGAAAAUUAUCAUUUGCCCGCCCAACUCGGACGAUCAUUAUACCGCGGAGCAUUUACGAAAUAUACCGACUGGAAAGUUAUUGCGACAGAGGAAAACGCCAUUUCAACUGCGGUACGAGUUAGCGUGGUUGGAGGAUCAAUCCAAAUUAUCCGGUCGAGAUUUGGUGCCGUCGUGGAAUUACAGAAAAAUUCGAACAAACAUUUACAUUGACGUUAAACCUACUACUCUGUACGAGGCGCAAGCCUGCGAAUGCAAACCGGAAAGCGGCUGCGGGGACGAUUGCAUCAAUCGCAUGGUAUUCAGCGAAUGCUCGCCACAACUGUGUCCUUGCCCCGACAAGUGCGAGAAUCAAAAGAUUCAAAAGCACGAAUGGUCGCCAGGACUACAAAGGUUCAUGACGGAGGACAAAGGGUGGGGAGUGAGGACGCAGCAAGCUAUCAAAUCCGGGGACUUUAUCCUCGAGUACGUGGGUGAAGUCGUGUCAGAGAGGGAAUUCAAGUCGAGGAUGGCGACCAAAUAUGCCAACGAUACGCAUCACUAUUGUUUGCAUCUGGACGGUGGCCUGGUAAUCGAUGGCCAUCGCAUGGGAGGUGACGGAAGGUUCGUGAAUCAUUCGUGCGAGCCGAAUUGCGAGAUGCAGAAAUGGAGUGUUCUCGGGCUACCACGUAUGGCGCUGUUCGCGUCGAGGGAUAUCAAGCCGGGAGAAGAAUUAACGUACGAUUACAAUUUCGCGCUUUUCAAUCCGUCGGAGGGGCAGCAGUGCCGAUGCGGCAGUGAUGCCUGCAGAGGCGUUAUAGGCGGGAAGAGUCAAAGGGUAGCUCGAAGCGUUCCCUCUCUACCGUCGCAAAUGGAGCCGGUCGAAAGGAGGGCGGUCGGCAGACCACGGAAAAACAUUCGUAAAUCGAAUGCGGUGCAGUCGGCCAACUCCAAGAACAUCUGCAAGUCUCGCAAAGUGGGAGAUCCGACCUUGACGCACAACACGCCGCAACUGAAACCGAUGUCUUAUCAGCAACGAUGCUUCGCGCGUGAACAUCACUGUUUCUUGUUGAGGAAUCUGGAAAAGGUGCGACGGCUCAAGUCGGCAUCGGUGCAGCAAGUUCAAGUGCAGAACGGCAAAGCGAAAUCGAGUAAUACGAGUGUAACGAAGGAGAAGAGCUCGGGAGACUCUAAAGCGCAAACCGAUGCGUUUUUCUCUCAAUUAACUGCGCUAACCAACACCAACGCGCGUACCGUACGCACGCGUAGACUCGCGCAAGCACAGGAUGAUCCGCAAGUACACAAGACUGCGAAACUAGCCAAGGUAUUGAAAGAUUUGUACACAAUUGUUACGACAGCGAAUGAUGAAAACGGUCAGCUGUUGUGCAUUCCUUUCAUGACUUUACCUCCUAAAAGAAAAUUAUCCGAUUACUAUGAAAAGAUCUUUGAACCCAUCGAUCUGAUUACGAUAGAGCAUGGUAUCAGUACUGGUCAUUACAAGACUGCGGAACAUUUCGACCAAGAUAUGAUAAGACUUUUCGACAACAAUGUGAGAUUCUUUGGUAGAACAUCCGAGAUAGGAAUCGCUGCGGCGAGACUACGGAAAUUAUACUUGGGAAGUAAACCUGAUUUUGUCGACGCUAUAACAGAGGCGACAGGUACCCCGCCGUCCCAAGGCUUUUUACCACCUCGUGGAUCGACGGCUGGAGAGGAGGACGUAAUCAGAUGCAUUUGCGGACUACACAGAGACGAAGGUUUAAUGAUCCAGUGCGAACGGUGUCUCGUUUGGCAACAUUGCGACUGUGUUAAGGCAGACACGAGCGUCGACUCUUACCUGUGCGAAAGAUGUCAGCCUCGUGAGGUUGACUUGGAAAUUCCGCUGGAAGGCGAAGAGGAGGAGGAAGGCAAGAGACAUUACGUGACGCUGAUGCGGGGCAAUCUACAGCUCCGACAAGGCGACACAGUAUACGUUUUAAGAGACACGCCUGACAAACACACGUACAAAACUAUACAGAAACCUGACUAUGAACAAAUGGACAUUUUCAGAAUCGAACGUCUUUGGAAGAAUCUCGAAGGCGAGAGGUUUGUAUUUGGGCAUCAUUAUCUCAGACCCCACGAAACAUAUCACGAGCCGACGCGAAAGUUCUAUGUAAACGAAGUUGUAUGCGCUCCGUUGUACGAAGCUGUCCCUUGCGACCUUGUGGCAGAGCGAUGUUGGGUAUUGGAUCCUCACACUUUCUGCAAAGGACGCCCCGUCGGCUCUACUCCUCAACAUACUUAUGUGUGCGAAUAUCGUGUUGACCGCGCGGCACGACUUUUUACAAAGGUGGCGAGAGCCAGGCAUACAGUAUGCACGAAACCUUAUGCAUUUGAAACCUUCCCACAACGUAUAAAACAUUAUCGCACUUACUUGCCUCACAGUCUCGAUGGAAUCAAAUUGUCUAAAGAUAAAAAGAAGAGUAACACUCAGGAGAUAGAUGGCAAUCAAAAGUUGGAAUCCAAUGAUAACGUAAAAGCACACGGCAAAGAACACAAAUACGGUAACAGGACUAGACGAAAGUCGGGCGAGAGCUUGACGGUCGCGCCGCCUGCGACAUCGUAUGCUCAACGGGAGGAACAGAGGAAAAGAUUGAACAGCAUUCUACUGAACCUACUACAGAGAAUGCCGAAUAAGAAAGAUCCGUUAGAUCUGUCGUUUCUUCUAGAAAGGAACAGGCGACAUCGGAAAAGACCCGGCGGACUUAAUCCGUGACAAUGGGUAAUAUCACAACGAUAAUAUCGUGUUGUAUAUAUAGGCUAAUCUAGAGUUACUACUAAUUUCAGUCUUAGUCAGAUUAAUAGGCUAAUUGAUUCCAAUCGUUCUAAGCUUGGUUCUGCUAUGCGGAUCAAGAUAAUUGUACAUCUAUCUUCUCCCCUUCCCUCUCCUCGCCCUCUUAACGAGGAAGGCGUGAGAGAAAUUUUCCUCUUCGUACAACCCGUCCAUUGGUGUAAUUUAUAAUAUCUAUAUAUAAUAGCUGAAAUAAUAUUUAACAUAGACAAAAUUAUCGAUCGAUACUUUUUUUUGGCAUUUUUCCCCUUACUUUUUUUUAUAGCUAUCUUGUCAUAGGCGGCUAGAUCUCGACUUUUUGUUUCGUUUACUCUCAACCUUUCAAUUAUCGGCGAUAAAAUAGAUGUAUGGUAAUAACAAGAAUCAUGUCGCAAACAAUAGGUUCAAACUGAGUAGAUUAUACUAAUUUUAUUGUAAUUAGGGUAUUUAACGUAAGGGUAGUAAUCGAAAUUGAAAGUUAAGUCUAAUCGGAUGUCCCGUGAAUUGGCUUCUUCCGUUAAUAUAAUUGCGAAACGUGGACUUGUGUAGAAAAUGUUUUGUACAUUUUUUUUCAUUGUUACUCUAUAGCUAAAUGUACAAAUUAUAUACGUUUCGUGGGGUUAAAAGAGUAAACGAGUUAUGUCAGUGCGAGUGGGAAGAAUCAAUCGUAUGGGAAUAUGGAUACUAGAGUGUGUGCAUUCACGUAUAUAAUGCUUUACUGCACAGAAGUAAUAUUAUAUUUUUCAUAAUCCCUCGAUAUUAUAUUUGAAUCACGUGUAACAUACUUUCUUCACUUUACGAAAGAAUCUUUACUAAUGUAUUUAAUUUAUUGAUAUAUCGAAUAGAGUUGAACGCGAUCGGAUUGGGUCGCAGUGAUUCCAAAAUUGUACAUAUAGUGUACUCAGGACUUGAUAUUUAUUAUUGCAUUACACAGUAUGGUAGAUACAGUAUGACGAUAAAUAUGUUUGAUACAUAUGAAUCUUACUCCCUUUUCUUUUUCUCGUACUAAACUAUAUUAUCCAUAUAUUAUGUUUACUUUUAUAGAAACUUCUAGUAUUACAUUUGUUUCAACGUAAGACGAAAGUAUGAAAAAUAAUAUUAUUAGGACAUUAUUCUGUAUAGUGACCAUGGCGUUAAUACAAGAUAUAUUUAUUUCGUCGGCGAAGAAAUUGUUCUUUACAACUGCAUCUGUAUUCCAAGUAUUGAGAUAUUUAUUAUAUUGUGUAAUUCAAAAAUAAAAAAAAAGAUUCGAAGCUGGCCUUCUAUGUAAGCUAGGUUAUCAUAAAAGGAAACACACGGUGUGUGAGCAAGUUUUGAAAAGGAUUUAAAACAAUGCUGAUCCAGCGUUGAUUUCAGUGAAUUAUAAGAAUAUUGGACAGAAUGUCAUCGCCAUGCAUUUUCCAUGACAUACAGUUGCAUCAUUUCAUUCAAUUAUUUUUAUUCGUUAGGAACGUAUAAAAUGCAACUUAAAUAUAAUAUGUAUCAUAUUGAUAUCGAAAACGAUGUUGGCGUAAGAGAGAAUCGUCAAGUACCACAAUUUAUUUUAAUAUAUGUAAUUGCAAUCUUAUACGUGGCUUUUAUUAUUAUAUGUACGAACAUAUACUUUGUGAGAUAUUUUUAGUGAUGUGGAAUUGUUUUACUAAUUAGAUAUUUCUGUUUGUUUUUUUUAUCUCCGUGCAUUCAGAUAUAUGUAUAUUGUUUGUAAGAAUAACCCUUCUUCUACGUUUGUAGAUGAACAAAUCUCUUUCCAGCUAUAAUGACAUUACAACUAAUAAUGACAUUAACAAUUAUAGCGGCAUGUAUGUAACAACCAUCUUCUUAAUCAAGCAUCUUAAUUGAAAUCGUGUUAUUUAUAUAUUAGGACGCAUAAAUUAUGUUAUUAAAUGUUUCGUAUAAUAAUAUAUUCGUACGUAAUAUAUGAGAAGAUAGUUUAUAAUUGUAUGUACGAACAAAAAGUUUUUUUCGGUAUAUAAUACAAUUUAAUUCAUUUAUAUUAUUAGCAAAGUCUAGCGAGGCCGACAGAAAUACAUGAUGUAUCGCAAUAAAAGAACCAUUAUAUUUUCAUACACAUUGAAGAUCGGCAAAAUUAUUUUUCUUUUCAGUUCCAAAACAACUUUCGUCUUACGUUUAUUGAAUCUCUUUAAUCGUGAAGAAGCGCGAUUCUUUUAUAUUUUAUAUUAAGCGAUUUUGUUUCUGCACACCAUAAUUAAUCGUCGUUUAAAUUGUCAUAUAUGCAUAUAUUAAUGCGACACAUUUUUCAUCAGCUCAUCAUUCGUAACAGUAGCUGUGUAAUAACUUGUCUCCUGAGUUUGCUUAUAUAUAUAAUUAACACUAUUAUAAUACAUUUAGAUAUAAUCAAAAGAAAUCCUGGGAAAAAAAACGUUUGUUGCGACGACAGCUUUCAAACAUGUAGUGCAUGUACAGACUAUAUUGUAUUCUGACGAACAAAAAUAUACAAUGAAAAGUUUCCUUACACGAA